CCCGGGAUCGAUACCUUCGGCAGGAAUGUUAGCUCUGUGAGACUAUAGAUAUAAUAAAGAGGAUUUUUUUACAAAGGCAGAGACUCGAAAGGAGAAGAAAAAGGUGAGAGAAAGAGAGAGAUAGAAAUGAUAAAAAUGAUGAUGACAAUAAACAUGAUGGAAUAAUCAGUGAUGCCAACAUGAAAGCAUUAUAGUGUGAUGUUCAGACGUUCAAUUAAACAUUUUAUUUGUGUUUGAGAAAACAAACGAAACGAAACGAAGGAGAAUAAAAGGAAGAAGAAGAAAAAGAAAAGAGACAUUAAAUAGUGUGUUGUUAUUUUUGUGACUUGUGGCAAUAUCUUUCAAAAAGUUGUAAAAAAAAAAAUGUUAAAAAAUACCUAAACGAUCUUCUAGAAAAGAAAAAGGUAAUGUUUCUCUUCCGGUGAGUGUGAAACGAAAAGAAAAAUACGAUAAUAAUCAUAAAAGAGAGGAGUAAUUAAUGAAAAGAGAAGGAGAGUGAGUGCCGGAAAAUUAUCAGUCAAGAGAGAGAGAAAAAAAAAGAGAAAGAAAGAAAAAAAAAGGAAAAUUGAUACCAAAAAAGUUUGUGUUUUGCAAGUGAGGCGCCGAAACGACAAGUGUUUGUGUGGCAUCCUUGGCGCCAGUGCCCGAGGGUCUCCGUGCCUCCCCAGUGCCCCGCGCAGUGCCAACAGGAGCAAGAGCAUGGCACGGUGACGGAGCGGAGGUGACACUCGACCCCCUGAGGUCUUCGAGUAGCAGGCACGCCCCCCAGACCCUCCGAGCGGCCGAGAGGCGCAGGAGGAGGAGGAGGAGGUCUCGCACGCGCGGACCCUCCCGCCAGCCAGCCAACCAGGAGUGGAGGAGGAGGAGGAGGUGGAGGUGGACCUCGAACCUCCGCCACGAUGAUGACGCCUUCGUCAGCGCCGCCCACCGAGGGGGAGCUCCGCGUGGGGCGGGUCCUCUUCACGAUGCAGUGGCGCCUCAUGAGUCAGAUCCUGCUGGCGCUGCCGGUGGUGGGGAUGUUCAUCUGCCUCAUCACGUCACUCAUCUUCCACUCCGACCAUAUCAACAACACCAUCUGCAAGGU